AUGAUAUUAACUCGAAGGAGCUACGCUCUCCCGACAUUCGUUCUCUUGUUUCUUAUAUAUAUACUUUUUUCGAGUCUACCGCAGGACGAGCAGACACGGCAUACUAACGACCGCGAUGAAUUUCAUCCGAAGGCUUUCAAACUACAUGACCAGAUCCGUUGGACUAAACGACCCGAGAAAUGGCCAGUUUCCGAGUACAUUCCUCUUCCAACAGCUGCUCCCUCUCCCAUCCCUAAAUUACAACAUGAUUUCCCGAAAGAAUCAUGGUUUGGCCGUUGGAGAAGAAUAAAGAAACAGGAUACCGUCAAAGAAGCGUUUAGGCACGCAUGGAAAGGGUAUCGAGAGCGCGCGUGGCUGUGUGACGAAGUCUCGCCUUUAAGCGGCGACUUUAAGGAAACAUUUGCUGGAUGGGGAGCUACUUUAGUCGAUUCUCUUGACUCGCUCGUCAUACUGGGCUUGAUGGACGAGUUCGAAGAAGCACUAGAAGCACUUAAUCAAAUAGAUUUCACGACUACCCGUGCCGGUUACAUCAAUAUCUUUGAAACAAAUAUCCGAUACUUGGGAGGAUUCCUAGGAGCCUAUGAUUUAACCAAUGGCACCUAUCCGAUUCUUCUAAAGAAGGCAAUUGAGGUAGCAGACCUGGUGUAUAGUUCAUUCGACACUCGUCAUCGAAUUCCCCAAGCUCGCUGGGAAUGGACUAGAACUGCUGAAGGAAUGGGCAUCCAACCAAGCCGAAGCACCAUUCUUGCCGAACUAGGCUCGCUAAAUUUGGAAUUCACGAGACUGUCCCAAUUGACAGGAGACCCGAAGUACUUCGAUGCCGUCCAAAGAAUCACUGAUCUUUUGGAGGACUCCCAGCGACACACCAAGCUUCCGGGCGUAGGCGCAAUGGCUGAUUCCACAUACGAAUAUCUUCCUAAGGAGCAUAUGUUGCUCGGAGCCCAGACAAAUCAAUUCCGCGACAUGUAUAACACCGCCAUGGAAACGAUUAAGGAGCGACUGCUUUUCCGUGCUAUGACGAAAGAUGGGAGAGACAUCCUCUUUCCGGGAAAUAUCUACACCACAUUCUCGCGCAGCCGAGAGAAAAUCGAUCCCCAGGUAGAGCAUCUCAAGUGUUACCUUGGAGGUACAGUAGGUAUUGGUGCCAAAGUGUUUGAUCGCCCGGAAGACCUGUCAAUCGCACGGAAAUUAACCGACGGCUGUAUCUGGGCGUAUGAUAUUAUGCCCACAGGGAUCAUGCCAGAGAUCAUGUAUGUCAGCGCUUGCAAGAAGAUGGACGAUUGCAAGUGGGAUCAGAAGAAAUGGUACCAAGAUCUGCGCUAUCAUCUAGCGAAAGGCUCGAGUGAAGAGUCACAUUCGCUGGCCAAAUCCCUCAUUAAAGACCAUGGCCUUCAGCCAGGAAUAUAUGGAAUUCCCAACGCUGGUUAUCACCUACGACCCGAGGCUAUUGAGUCUGUCUUCAUCAUGUAUCGGAUCACAGGCGAUAAAUCCUUGCAGGAUGCCGCCUGGCGAAUGUUCAAAAACAUCGAGCAUAUGACAAGGGCAGAGUAUGGACAUGCGGCAAUUGACGAUGUGCGCGAUCGCAAAACAAAACAAAUGGAUUACAUGGAAAGUUUCUGGCUGGCAGAGACUUUGAAGUACUUCUAUCUUAUCUUCUCCGAGCCAGACAUGGUCAGUCUAGAUGAAUAUGUCCUAAACACUGAAGCACAUCCAUUCAAGCGCCCAUCUCCUGCCGCCUGA